UCACCCACUCCAGACAUUGAGGCGAAGAGCUGGAGAGGAAGAGGAGGAAUUCUCGGAUGCUCUGUGUUGACUUUUUAUCAACAAGUUCUUAUCGGCUUUUUUUUUUUUAUUAUUAGAGCACAGAAAAAAUGGCUGACUUUCAACUUUGGAGAUGGAGAUGAACGCGUUCUAUAAAUCGCAGUUGAUUUGAAAUCUUUUUGUUUUUGUUGUUUCAACUUUUCAACAAAAAAAAUCUUGUAUGCACAGACAUGUGCAGGCGCACACUAAUAUAUAAGUUGCAAUCUGUGCAAGGGUGUUUUUUAGUCUAAGAAGGGAGGAGGUGAAGAGAAAAGAGAGAGAAGAGGAGGAGGGGGGUUAUAUCACGCUUUUCUUUCCCUGAGAAAAUUGCCUUGGCGAGAAAGAGGAGUUGAGCUAAUUGUAGCCUAAUCCCUGGCCCAGAGGCGCUCGGGCAGCCCGGAGCUACAUUCUUCUCUUUCUCCAUCAUCCCUUUCUUCGGGAUUAUUCUUCUCCUACUCCUAAUAAACGACAGGAAGACUUUCAUUUAAAGGAGGAGGAGGAGGAAUAGGACGAGGGGGAAGGAAGGAAGGAAGAUCAUCUCAUCGAUGUUCAAGGAGGGGCGAAGCAUGUCGCGGCUUUCUCUGACCCGGUCCCCGGUCUCCCCGCUGGCCGCCCAGGGUAUCCCUCUGCCGGCGCAGCUCACCAAAGCUAAUGCGCCCGUGCACAUCGACGUGGGCGGGCACAUGUACACCAGCAGCUUGGCCACGCUUACCAAGUACCCCGACUCAAGAAUAAGUCGGCUGUUCAACGGCACGGAGCCCAUCGUGCUGGACAGCUUGAAGCAGCACUACUUUAUAGAUCGCGACGGCGAGAUAUUCCGCUACAUCCUAAGCUUCCUCAGGACGAGCAAGUUGCUGCUUCCCGAAGACUUCAAGGACUUCCAACUGCUGUACGAGGAGGCGCGCUAUUACCAGCUGACACCCAUGAUCAAGGAGCUAGAGCGCUGGAAACAGGAUCGCGAGCAACGGCGCAUGGCACAGCCCUGCGACUGCCUGGUGGUGCGCGUCAAGCCAGACCUGGGCGAACUGAUCGCCCUGAGCGGCGAGAAGGUUCUCAUCGAGGAGAUCUUCCCUGAGACGGGAGACGUCAUGUGCAACUCCAUCAAUGCCGGUUGGAACCAGGACCCCACCCACGUUAUCCGCUUCCCCUUUAACGGCUACUGCAGGCUUAACUCCGUCCAGGUUCUGGAGCGUCUCUUCCAAAAAGGCUUCAGCGUGGCGGCGUCCUGCGGCGGCGGCGUGGACUCGUCGCAGUUCAGCGAGUACGUGUUGUGCCGCGAGGACCGGCGGAGCCUCUCCAUCAACACGCCCAUCAGGAUAAAACAGGAACCUCUGGACUAAAGACCCGCCCGGGAAGGGACCACCGCACACCCAAGCCCUAUUAGCAGAGGCACGUCCAAACCUCUGUUGGGAAUGUAGACGCAAACACACACGCACACACACAAAAAGUUUGGAAUUCCGCCCAAAGAGCAGCUGACUUGAAACUUUAGGACCACCGCGACCAAGUUUCUCGCUUGGAUGAGGUGACGUCUCCUCCACACACAGUGUAAAGAAUUAACAGGACUAUUUUUCGGGGGAAUUCUUUCUCCAAUAUGAAGGACAUUCAGUAUUGUGAUUUCGGGGGCUCUGUUUUUUCCUCGUUUUUGUUUUCUCACACACAAAAUGGUGGUUUAUGUUGUCGUCUAACAUAUCUCCACAAGACUUUAAGUCGCAGUUUUAAUGAAUGUUUUAAAGAAAAAAAAAAAAGGACGACAAUAGUUUACCAGUACGUCUCAAUUCAAGGCAGGUGUACUCUAAAUGUUUCUUUUUUUUUUUAAUGCACUUAAGCGUCUGCUAUGUUGUCGCUGCCAUGUUUACACCUACACAUGGUUCACAUUUAUGUACCACCCUUCAAAUUUUUAAAUAUUCCACAUGUAGAAUACAUGCAGUUUUUGAGAAAAUUUACUUGUCAUUAGGAAAAAAAAGUAAUAUACAAAAUAUAUUUAACCCUUUCUGGACUCUCAUUAAAUUUAUUUGCUGCCAUUGACGGCGCAAGACGUCCAAUCGAUUUUGACCAAUUUAAAGGGACUAUACUGGAGUUAAUUGAUAGUAGUUUUUGCAUUGCAUGCAAAGCAACCAUCUAUGAUAUUCCUUUUUUUUCAAUGGUGUUUCUUUAUAGCCAAAACCAUUUGACCCACCGACAUCGUUCAUUCACCAUAACAGCCGGAAUUCUCAUGCGAUGCAGGCUCUCUUGGUCUAACACCCAAAAACGAUCACCCAAAAACGCAUGUUUGUUUGAAAAAUUUCCAAAUUUUUGUCCAAAAUCACAUCAUUUAUACAUCAAAAAUUUCAGGAUACCAAGGGGCACAAACGUUUAUACAGCUUUUGCUAAAAACGUACCGUUCAGCCAAAAUUUGCCAAAAAUUUACCCCCUCAUUUCCAAAGACCAAAAUUGCCAAUGGUCCUAUUCGCCAUUCAUUUCAAAAGCACAAAAACUUCCAUUCACUCCUAUUGAUUUCCAUUGUCACUCAAUAUAAACAGGAAGCUACCCAUACAUGCCCCCAAAUCAACAGGAAGUGACCCGGUAUCUAUAGGAAGUGACCCUGGAAUGCCUCGAAAUCAACAAGUGACCCUGAAAUGCCGCAAAAUAAACAGGAAGUGACCUAAUAUGAACAAGAAGUGAACCAGAAAUGGCCCCAGAUCAACAGGAAGUGUCUCUGAAAUGCCCCCAAAUCAUCAGGAAGUCACCCUGAAGUGCCCCAAAUCAACAGGAAGUGACCGGAUAUCUACAGGAAGUGACCCUGGAAUGCUACAAAAUCAACAAGGGACGCUGAAAUGCCACAAAGUCAACAGGAUGUGACCCUGAAACGCGCCAAAUCAACAGGAAGUGACCCAACAUCUGCGGGAAGUGACCUUGGAAUGCCUCAAAAUCAACAAGUGACUCUGAUAUGCCUCAAAAUCAACAGGAAGUGACCAAAUAUGAAAAAGACGUGAACCUGAAAUGCCCCCAAAUCAACAGGAAGUGACCCUGGAAUGCUACAAAAUGAACAAGGGACACUAAAAUGACCCAAAAUCAACAGGAUGUGACCUUGAAAUGCCCCAAACCAACAGGAAGUGACCCAAUAUCUGCGGAAAGUGACCUUGGAAAGCCUCAAAAUCAACAAGUGACUCUCAAAUGCCUCAAAAUCAGCAGGAAGUGACCUAAUAUGAAUGAGAAGUGAACCUGAUAUGCUCCCAAAUCAACAGGAAGUGUCCCUGAAAUGCCUCAAAAUCAUGGGGAAGUGACUCUGAAGUGCCCCAAAUCAACAGGAAGUGACCCGAUAUCUACAGGAAGUGACGCCGGAAUGCCUCUAAUCAACAAGUGACCCUGAAAUGCCUCAAAAUCAACAGGAAUGACCCAAUAAGUAUAAUAAAUGAACCUGUAAUGCCCCCGAAUCAACGGGACAUGACCAUUAAAUGCCCCAAAUCAACAGGAAGUGACCGGAAAUCUACAGGAAGUGACCCUAGAAUGCUGCAAAAUCAACAAGGGAUGCUGGAAUGCCCCAAAAUCAACAGGAUUUGACCCUGAAAUGCCCCCAAAUCAAAAGGAACCACCCAAUAUCUGUGGGAAGUGACCUUGGAAUGUCUCAAAAUCAACAGGAAAUGACCCUAUAAUGCUUUAAAAUCAACAGGAAGUGACCCAAUAUGAAUGGGAAAUGAACCCGUAAUGCCCCUGAAUCAACAGGAAGUGUCCCUGAAAUGCCUCAAAAUCAUGAGGAAGUGACCUUGAAGUGCCCCAAAUCAACAGGAAGUGACCCGAUGUCAACAAGAAGUGACCCUGGAAUGUCUCAAAAUCAACAAGUGACCCCGAAAUGCCUCAAAAUCAACAGUAAGUGACCACAUAUGUAUAGGAAACAAACCCGGAAUGCCCCCGAGUCAACGGGACGUGACCCUGAAAUGCCCAUAUCAACAGGAAGUGACCCAAUAUGUACAGGAAGUGACCCUGUAAUGCCUCAAAAUCAACAGGUGACCCUGAAAUGCCUCAAAUUCAACAGUAAGUGACACAAUAUGUAUAGAAAAUGAACCCGAAAUGCCCCCUAAUCAACAGGCCGUGACCCUAAAAUCCCCCCAUAUCAACAGGAAGAGAUACAAUAUGAACAGGAAGUGAACCUGAAAUGCCACAAAAUAAACCGAAAGUGACCCGAUAUAAUUAAUGGGCCAAAUGCCCGUUGCUUCAUGUUUACGGUGGUAUGAAAAAGUUGGAAUUUCUCAUAUUUCUGCAUAAAAUCACCAUCAAAUGUGAUCUGAUCUUUGUCAAAAUCACACAGAUGUAAAAACAGUGUCUGCGUCAACUAAAAAUACCCAAAUAUUUACAUAUUUUAAUGCGGAUAGUAUGCAAACAAUGACAGAAAGGGUAAAAAUAAGUAAAUGAUGCUUAAAGCUGUCCUGCCCACGAUAAAACACACACCUGGUAAGAAUUGUCUUGAUGAGAAGCAUUGUCUGAUAUGCUGUCUGAAGACCGACGAUCAAGGAUUGUUGAUUUGUAUAAAGCUGGGAAAACAUACAAAACCAUCUCUAAGAGUCUGGAUGUUCAUUAAUCGACAAUCAGAGAUGUUGUCUACAAAUAGAGAGAGUUUGGCACUGUUGCUUCUCUUCCAAGGAGUAGCCAGCCACCAAAGAUAACGCCGUGAGUUCAGCGCAGAAUACUCAGAGAGGUAAAAAAGAACCCUAGCGUGUCUGCUAAAGACUUACAGAAAUCACUGGCACAGUCCACACAUCAACUAUAUGUAAAACUAUGGCCAACAAUUGUGUUCCUGGGAUGACUCCACGGAAGAAGCCACUGCUGUCUAAAAAAACAUUGUUGCUCGUUUAAUGUUCGCAAAAGGGCACUUGGAAACUCAACAGAAGUUUUGAAAAAAUAUUUUGUGGACUGAUUAAAAACCAAAGUUGAAUUGUUUGGAAGUAACACAGAACCUCAAGUGCGAAGGAAAAAUGGAACAGCUCACCAACAUCAACACCUCAUCCCCACCGUGAAGCAUGGUGGAGGGAGCAUCAUGAUUUGGGGCUGUUUUGCUGCCUCAAGGCCUGGACAACUUGCAAUUAAUGGAAGAAUGAAUUUAAAAGUUUAUCAGGAUGUUUUGCAGGAAAACCUCAGGUCGUCUGUCAGACAGUUGAAGCUAAAAAGAGGAUGGAUGCUGCUACAAGACAAUGAUCCAAAACACAGAAGUAAAUCAACUUCAGAACGGUUUCAGAAGAACAAAAUACACAUUCUGGAGUGGCCAAGUCAAAGUCCAGACUUGAACCCUAUUGAGAUGCUGUGGCAUGACCCAAAGACAGCGAUUCAUGCCAGACAUCCCAGGAAUCUGAUUGAACUACAGCAGUUUUGUAGAGAAGAAUGGGCCUGAGAGAUUAGUCCUGAGCAGUGUUGGGCACGUUACUUAAAAAAGUAAUUAGUUACAGUUACUCACUACUUCUUCCAAAAAGUAACUGAGUUAGUAACUGAAUUACUCUAUUUCCGUUACUUUAAAAAGAAGUUGUUGUAUGUCAAAGAAUUUGAAAUUUUCUGAGCAGUAUUCGAGUCAGUUGAAUAGAGAAGAACAGACAGGUAGUUGUGUUAUAGAACCUUGUAAUAUUUAUUGCACUUCACCAGCAACAGAUUUAUCCUACACUUGAAGUGCUACAAAAAUAAACAGUAAACAAUAUAAUAACAAUCAGCAGUAAACAAUAUAAAGUGAGUUUAAUCAAUUAAAUCUAACCCUCACAACCUGAGACAACUGGUCAAGUAGACGUAGCCUACUGUACUUCAAGUAUUUUGACUUGAAAUAGUGUUUAUAUCUCCACCUCGUACAGGACAAAUUUCCCUCUGCAUGCUCUGCCAUCAUAUCCCUCUGCAUCUGUUUUGCGUGUGUGUGUUUGCUGCACGCGCUGUUCCGAUUUGUGUUUGUGAAAACACCGGCUCUGAUUGGCUCACCAUGACACAUGACUCGAACCUGAACGCACCCCAAGUCUUGGAUGACAAAUACACAGAGCAGAGUAGACUCGCUACGGCUGGUAGUUUCUUCAAUUUAUUCAGAAUGAGUAACGCACCGCUUUUGACCGUCAGUAACGGUAACGGUGUUGUAACGGCGAAAAAAACAAUUAGUUAGAUUACCCCAUUACUGAAAAAAAUAACGCCGUUAUGUAACAGUGUUAUUUAUAACAGCAUUAUUCCUAACACUGGUCCUGAUUGAAGUGCCAGAGUGAUCUGCAGCUACAGGAUGCGUCUGGUUGAAAUUAUUGCUGCCAAAAGGGGGCCACAAAAUAUUAAAUGUGAUGGUUCACUUACUUAUUCGUCCCCCCUCUGUCAUUGUUUGCAUACAAUCCUAAUUAAAAUAUGAAAACCUACAAAUGUUUGGGCUGUUUUAGUUAAAACGGACACUGUUUUUUCAUCUGUGUGAUUUUGACAAAGAUCAGAUAACAUUUGAUCAUGAUUUUAGGCAGAAAUGUGAGAAAUUCCAAAAGGUUCAGGUACUUUUUCAUACCACUGUAUUCUCAGACAAGCAUGCACCCCAUGCACAAGCAGCAGUUCCGCUUUAGGCCAGAGGUGGCAGUAGCAAGUAAAAAACAAAAAGUGACAAGUAGUCCCUUUAAAUCCAUUUCAAGAUUUCAAAAUAAACCUUUGUAGGUGUGAACAUGGCAUUUUCAAGUCAUUUGAAUCUACACUGUAGGUACCAAAGCUGACAGGGUGCAUAUUUUAUUGAUUGUACAAAGAUAUUUCCUUUUUUGUUUUGUUUUUUAACCGUGCGUUAAAAAUGAAUUAAAAGUCCAAUUAAUCAACGGGUCCGAAGAUUUCACCCGGACUGAGUGACUGUCGACAAAAAAUAAAAAAAAGCCAGCAAGUUGCAACUGGGCGGAUUAGUUGAGAAGCGCCUUUUCUGGCAGACACGAUUUCUUCUUUUUUUUUCCAGGAUGGUUGCGCGACCCACAAAGAAGCGGUCGUGGGCGGGACAUGUUUUCUCUCCAUCAAAGUGUGGGGCCUGUGCGUCAUGUUCCACAUGUUUUGUUGCUUUUCACACACUCAUGGGAACGAUUGAGGAUGUUCGUGAGUGUUUUUUUUUUUUUUUUUUUUAAUAAACUGUUUUUUUAAACCUCCCUCACUCCCCAGCAAGGCAGUACUGCUUUCAUCCAUGAGGGGCGCUCCAACGGAACCACACUUUUCACUGGGAUUUUGGAAAAUAAGACUCUAAAGAGGCAAUUUUCCUCUCCGUGGGGUGUUAUUUAUUCGGUUUGGCAGCAAUAAACGCACCACAUGAAGUCACGGGCCAGUGUUCCGCACACCCUAUUGCGUUUUUACGGUAAAAAAAGACGAGAAAAAAAAAAAACAUUUUCAAGCAACGCAUUGUGUACAUAUAGACUGAAGUGUUUCAAAAGGUAUUCAAAUAAUAUUAAUAAUAAUGUAUAUUGUUUAAAGUGUUUAAAAACAAUUAGACUGUGGUAUUUCAAGGGCAUGUGUUCAUUUUGCAGUGUCUUCAAUGGACUUUUCUGGCAUAUUUGCGAUAAUAAA